UGCAGAAUUUAGAAAAAAAUAAUUUCCCACGACUGUGGAAACAUUAACGGGCAACUAUCGCGCAUUAAAUAAAAAUUUACAUAUUUACUUAACCACAAAGCUAUUAGCUGAUCAAUUAAGUAACUAUUAAAAUUAAAUAAUAAAUAUUUUUUCGCUUGUUCGGUGCUUUUAAUUUUCAAGUGCAAAUCCAAUAAUGUCGGUAAAGGAAGUGUUAAAUGAGUCACAAUUUCAAGAAGAACUGAAUUCCAAUGGCGUCAAACUUAUCGUCGUCGACUUUUCGGCUACCUGGUGUGGUCCGUGUAAACGCAUUGCCCCGCUGUUCGACGAGCUAGCUCUUAAGUACAACCGUGCCGUUUUCUUGAAGGUGGACGUAGACAAAUGUCAGGAAACAGCAGCGUCCCAAGGCGUAUCGGCUAUGCCGACCUUUAUAUUCUACCGUAACAAGAUUCGUGUGGCCAAAAUCCAAGGAGCUGAUGUACAGGCACUGGAGGCGAAAAUCAAACAGUACUAUGACGCUUCGUGUGCCGCUUCUGGCGAAGACAGUGGCGUGCCCGGUCAGAUUGAUUUAGGCUCGUUCAUUCAAAAAAAUCAAUGCGAGGCCCUAAACGAUUCUGAUGAUCAUCCAUUGUCUGUGUUGAUCGAAGGCCGUGGAUACAUAGAAUCUGAUUGUGAUCAACAACUCAUUAUUUCGUUAGGGUUCACGCAAUCUGUUAAAAUACAUUCAAUCAAAGUUAAAGCGCCAAAAGACAAUGGUCCCAAAACACUGAAAUUGUUUAUUAAUCAGCCAAAUACUUUAGACUUUGACGCUGCUACAAGUAACCUCGCCACACAAGAAAUUGAAUUGAAACCAGACGAAUUAGACGGUAAAGUUGUCAAUCUUAAGUAUGUGAAAUUUCAAAACGUUCACAACUUACAGAUAUUUGUUAUAAACAAUCAAACCGACGAAGAAGUCACAAGAAUAGAUAAUUUGAGUAUUAUAGGAUUACCAAUAUCGACAACUAACAUGGGCGAUUUUAAACGUGUUGCUGGUAAAGUGGGAGAAGGACAUUGAAUGCAGUACUAUUACACUGUAAUAGGAUAUAUUCAAUGUUUGUGGUCAAUUUGUACUACCAAAUUACCAAUACAAUACUCACUGCUAUUUUUAUUAUAAAAACAAAAAUAUUUAUAGGUUAUCUAAUAAUUAUUUAUAAAUUUAUAUAUAUACUAGAAAUAAAACAUGAUUUGAUUUA